GCUCUCGCGGCAACAAACCCACGCGACGAGUCUCGCAUCGUCCUUCGCUCAAGCGGCGCGGUUGCCCUCACCCUCGUCGUCGCGCGUGUGCCAGCCACGCGUCUCUCUCUCCUCGCAAGUGUGCUGCUCUCUUCGUCCUCGUGCUGCCGCCUCGCUUUUCCUUUCCUCCCUUCGGGACACUCUCUAGGCCUUCUCGCGGCUUUCCACUCGUGUGUUUCAAUCGUCAUUCGUACUCUUCAGGUGAACGAAGCUCGCUCGGGAUCAAAAAAUGACGAUGGACGUUAGCAAGUCGGAGUCCAGCAGGAGCGGAACCCGGCAGCACGAGUGCGCGGGAUGUCGCAAGCCGAUAACCGAGAGGUACAUGCUGCAGGCGCUCGACAUGUUCUGGCACGAGGACUGCUUGAAGUGCGGCUGCUGCGACUGCAGACUCGGCGAGGUCGGCUCGUCGUGUUACACCAAAGCUAAUCUCAUUCUCUGCAAACGCGAUUACUUGAGAUUAUUCGGAAGCACCGGUCACUGCGCUGCCUGCAGCAAAAUCAUUCCAGCGUUCGAGAUGGUGAUGCGCGCCAAGUCGAAUGUUUAUCACCUCGAGUGCUUCGCGUGCCAGCAAUGUAACCACAGAUUUUGCGUGGGCGAUCGCUUCUACCUGUGCGACAACAAAAUUCUCUGCGAGUACGACUACGAGGAGCGACUGGUGUUCGCAAACAUGGCUCUGCACUCGGCGAUCAAACGACAGGUGAAUAACCUACAGCCACAGACGGUGCCGACGAGCGGACCACAACGGCAAGCGAACGGCGGCGUAGGAAUAGACACGACGCCAGGCGGCCACAACGGCUACCCGGUACCAACCUCUUCCAGUGGCCACAGUGCUGCCCUCGGAUCGCUGCCUGUACUCAACGGCAUCGGUGCCCCGCAGCCGUCCGGCUACGAGGCCAAAUGACAGACCAAGUAAAGCAGACUGACCCGACGAACGAGCCAAAGGACGAGCGCCAGAUUCUUUUAUUAGCGAUAUCAAAAUCCGCGUACUUUUCGAGAGUCCUAAUUUCGUCGAUCGCGUUAAAUAUACUUCGUUCUUUACAUCAUACACUACCGCGGGCUGUGUCAACCCAGCAGUUUCACCAUGAAAACUGCGUAAGAUUUGGGCAUUAUUAAUCGCUGACAAUCGCACGAGAAGUCUCGAAAAGUACAUGCUUUUUGUAAAAAAAAGAAAAAAAUAUUCAGCGAAAGCGACUUAGAGGAUAGAUUGUACAAGAGUAAUUUUCGUCCGCUAAAGUAGACCGAGUAAACUUUAUGCACGUAAAUCUCUCUGUAGAUAGAUACCCGAGUAGAAGUUUAGUCGUCGAUCUGAAAAAAGAAAAAAAAAGGAAAAAAAAAGGAAAACUUUGGUGCUCUUUAGAUAAUUCUCGAAUAUUGUACUGAAUACAAAGCACAGACACAUUUCUUUCUUAAUUGCAGUGUUUUUACAAAAUAAAUGCAUCGUUAGAUUGGGUUUUCACUCAAGGAAAAAAAUACCCGCUUCUAUCUUUGCGAAAGCGCGAGACUGAGUUCCAUUGACAAUGAACAUUAGGAUGGUUAGUUGCGGCGCGCGCUCCGCCAUGUUGGUCAACAAUCGAUAAACGCAUUCAAACGAAAGGACACCGCUAAAAAAAUUGAAAUAAAGCAAGGCUAGCCUCGACAAGACUGAAAGAUGGAAUCAACGUGUGCCGGUGCAUAGCAGGCGAAACUCCCCCAUGGGGCUCAUACGUCAGUAAAGAGUUCUGUGUAGGGUCGACCGAGCAUUGUUUCAACUUCGAAUCUCGGCGUCCGGAAAAAGGCCAGAUUGAUGUCGCGAACUUUUGUGCCGCGCUUUCUCUCUCGGUCUCGCCUUAUUUGCGAGUCAGAUAACAAGACUGAGUUAUGCCCUAAAGUUUCGCUCUUUCGGGGAUGCUUUAUUUCUCGCUGCGCGAUCGGCCAGAGAUUUUGAAUGCGUUUAGCGUAUGGCAUGUUUUUUAUGCUUUUCCAGUUAAGUUACACACCUGUGAUUGCGUCUGAUAAAUUUUGAAAAUGAAAAAUAAAGGAGUUGAAUAUUACGAUAUAAAUUCAAGCCAAAAGGACGGAUUAAUCCAAGUUUUAGAAAUUAAUAUUUAUACGUAAAAAAUAGAUACUUGUAUAGAGUAAAAAAAUUACAAUAUCUCGUCAAAUACAUUUAAGUUGUUAUCGUGACUUGUACCAUAGUUUUGUAUAUUCGUAGUUGAAUUUUUCCAUUCGGCAAAUCUGAUAUAGCAUAUCUGGUGUAAUACGUAAGGCAUUCCCGAAAAGUGAAAAUGUUUUGUGCUUUGUGUCUCGACGGUACGAUGAGUAUAAAUUUGUAAACUUACUAAAAAUGCUUCCUCUGUAUUGCUGAACGAGUAUACGCACGAACGUUCCUAAUGUUUAAUCGUACUUAAUAAAAUUUAAUAACCCACGUCACGUUCAAGCUCAUCUACGCUAUAGUGAUAAAAAAGUAAGUUCUGUAGUUUUUUUAUUCCAGCGACAAGAUAGAUUAUUCAGUAAGAUUAAAAUAUGUAUUAUACACGUUUAUUUCGUAAUCGAGCCCGUUAUUAUCGUUGACUGAGCAAUUUAACUAUGCGAUGAAAAAUCAUGUGUUGCAGUAGGAUUAUUGUAUCAAAAUGUUUUUAUCAUGGAAAAUUAUUAUGAACUAUAAAAGUGUAAGAAUUAAAUUAUUUCGAUGUU